GGGCGGGGCCACCGGAAGGCGCGAGCCCACGUGUCCCAGANNNGGCCCGGCCGGUGCGCGGGCGGCCGCCGGGCUGCCUCAGCCAUGGGCUGGCUGCCGGCGCAGGGCCGGCUGGCGGCGGGGCUGCUGGUCAAUCUGGCCGCCUCCAUCUGCAUCGUCUUCCUGAACAAGUGGCUGUACGUGCGGCUGGGCUUCCCCAACCUCAGCCUCACGCUGGUGCACUUCGCCAUCACCUGGCUCGGCCUCUACCUGUGCCAGGCGCUCGGCGCCUUCUCCCCCAAGAGCCUGCAGCCCGCGCAGGUGCUGCCGCUGGCCCUCAGCUUCUGCGGCUUCGUCGUCUUCACCAACCUCUCCCUGCAGAGCAACACCAUCGGUACCUACCAGCUGGCCAAGGCCAUGACCACGCCGGUCAUCGUGGUCAUCCAGAGCGUGGCUUACGGCAAGACUUUCCCUCUGCGGAUCAAGCUGACCCUGGUCCCCAUCACGCUGGGUGUUUUCCUCAACUCCUACUACGACGUGAAGUUCAGCGUUCUGGGGAUGGCGUUCGCCACCCUGGGCGUGCUGGUGACCUCGCUGUACCAAGUGUGGGUGGGUGCUAAGCAGCAUGAGUUGCAGGUAAACUCUAUGCAGCUGCUGUACUAUCAGGCACCAAUGUCCUCUGCUAUGCUGUUGUUCAUCAUACCCUUCUUCGAGCCAGUCUUUGGAGAAGGGGGAAUUUUUGGGCCCUGGACGCUUUCUGCUGUGAUAAUGGUACUGCUGUCUGGAAUAAUAGCCUUUAUGGUAAACCUGUCCAUUUACUGGAUCAUUGGAAAUACGUCACCUGUCACGUAUAACAUGUUUGGACAUUUCAAGUUCUGCAUCACCCUCCUGGGAGGGUGCCUCUUAUUUAAGGAUCCAUUGUCUGUUAACCAAGGCCUUGGGAUUCUGUGCACACUGUUCGGCAUCUUGGCCUACACCCACUUCAAGCUUAGUGAGCAGGAAAGCAAUAAGAGUAAAUUGGCCCAGCGUCCAUAGAGCAAGAGUUUCUGAAGACUGUUGUGAAGGAAAACAAGUAUUUAAAUAUGCAUUGAUUUUAGAAUGCACAAAAUUGCCUCAUCCACUUAGAUCUAUGGUUUUAGUUUAAGUUCCAGAAUUGUUAUUCUGUAACUAAACCAAACGAACUGAAGGAUGUAAAAUUCUGGGGUUUUGCCAUCUCAGUCUGUCCUAUCGUUUUCAUUAAAUUAAAACACUAACUUAAAAGACAAAAAGGCACACUUCAAAUUGCUGUGGAAAUUGUAUUGAAGUAAUUACAUUUUUUGCAUACCAAAUGAGAUCAUGAUGGCUACAGUUACAGUACAGAGAGAGAGAAAGAAAAAGAAUCCUGUCUCUGUGAUCAAGCCAGUAUUGCCAUUGUGAAGAGAUUUGGAGGCACUUUUAUGCAGAUGUUCUGGUGUGUAGUGAUGCUUUCUCAUUUUUGCCCGAUGAACAAUGAAGAGGGAAACAUACUUUGCCCAGUCAUUUUAAAAAAUAGGCUGCCACACUCAUUCCUAUUUCUUGUGUAUGCUAUCUUAUGUAUGGCUUCAACACAGGGAUAGAUUUUUAGAUUAAGAAAGUAGAUAAAAUUACAGGUGAAGAGAAAAGCAGAAAACUUAAAGCCACAGGCCAAGCUGUGUGGAAGUAGGAAAUUGGAUCUAAACAGUUCAACUUAAUUUUUUCUUUUAAUCUGUCAGGACAUUAAUGAAGUAAUUGACGUUUUGAAAAAUGUUGUUAUUGCUUUAUAAUUUUCUCUGUGCCAAAACCAAGACUUUACGCAAAAUCUUGUAAAUACCCGUGAGCCUAAUAAAAUCUCUGGUUUUGUGAUAGUAACCAAAUGUUUUGCAGCCCUUGCACACAGACACCCAUGGUAAAAAAUAUUUUCAAGAAGGCUUUGGAAAGGUCACCAUCUUCAAGGGGUGUGAAGGUUGCCCAGUUCUCUUGCCUUCAGCACCACCUCCCUUGCUCCCACGCCUUUCCCCAAGAGUUACCUUGGGUGGGAUCUGCAGGUUUGUCAUCAUUUGUCAUCUGUUGUUGUCUGGGGGAGAGGCCCAGGGGCUGUCUGGACAGUGCUGGGUGUGAGGCAGCAAUUCCUCAACAGACAGUCCUGGGAAAUGUAUCUGAAUGACUGAAGAGUGCAAGGUGGGACCUGCUGCUCUAACUAAAAAAUGCUUUGAAAAUUAUUUUAUGACAGUAUCAGGCACUUAUUUUGACAACGUGGAUGGAAGAAGCUCAGUGCUGUUCUAGUUUAAAAAAGGAAAGAAAAAAUAACUGCUUUCCGUAAAUCUGGUGAGAACAUAUGUUCACUAGAUUUGCAGGGUUAGAAUUUAAUUGCAGUAUCUUAAUCCUUACAUGUUGGGGUUUGUUUUGUCUUCAUCUACCUCUAUCAGAUUUAAAGAGGGCAAUUGUGUGAACAAAACCAAGCAUUUAAGUUGUGCAGCCACUGACAGAAGUAAUAUUUUGUGCCUCUUAAGUUUUUUGCAAUAGAGGCAAGAAGUCUUCAUGUUGGAAACAAUGCAACUUUUCUCAAGCUUGUUUAUUUAUUCUUUUACAGAGUUACUGAUUUAAGAAAAAGUUACUUCUCUGUGUAACCUAAGUUUAUACGGUAACAAUCUAUAUCAUUUCAGAGUUACAAAUACCUGAAAAAUUUUACAUCUUUACCAACUCUUUCUUGGACAUUGUACUGGUCCAAGAAUAAUUUUUUUAAUACAGUUUUGUAGAUCUCUAUAAUUAGUUUAAAAAGACAGCCUGGUCUACUGAAAGAUGUGUUCAGAUGGUCAAGCUCUGGAUGCAUAUCCUUCAAUAUGUACGCUGAGAAAGCCAUUUGCAUUAAUUUGUGCUGUGCACAAGUUCUUUUGAGAUGUAGAUAGACUGCAAAGCAACAGCUAGAAAGCAACUGAAUUACAUGCCUGUAUGACAAAAAUAUUUGAGAUGAGAUGGAUGUAAAUAUAUAUAUAUGAAGUGGUAGAAUGAACUAAACAACCAUGCCUGGAAAUACAAAAGACUCCUUAAGGAGAGGAGCAGAUCUGCAACAGAAAGUUAACAGCAUCAUUUAAAAAGUACAUUAUAAAUAUAAUCUGGUGCUGGAAGGUGUGUGUGAGUCAUUUAAGUGAUGUGAUUUUUUUUUCAUGCAUUCAAGAACUCUUUUGAGAUUUACUUCUUGUAUCUAAUAAAUAAAGUAUCUUGAAUUUUGUCAUAUGUUUCAAAAUAUGAAAUCCAGGAUGCUUGUGUAAUUGUGGGAUAAAUAGAUCUUUGUAUGUAUUGUUUCUUUGGAUACCAUGUGUAGGGUGGGAAUAAAUUUUUAAUCAUUUGUUUGAUUCCUGCUUAUUGCAGAAGAGAGGA